AUGGGCGAAGAUGAGUUGACGGACGACGAGAAGACGAAAAUACUCCAAGACUUGCAUUCGGAUAAACUGGACGUUUUUCUGACCAGGUUCGUCUUUUCUCGCUUUCUUUUUCCGUAUUCUAUCGCCUUUUUUAGAUAUCGAAAGUACCUGAAACCUGCAGAUUGCGACAAUUUCGAUAAAAGCGAUGAUUUUUUGGUUCAAAUGAUUGUGAAGCAGAUUCGCGGGCAAAAAGAAGUGACUGUCAAGGAGGUAUUUAUGGCGAACUGAAUUUUCUAAAGAUUUUGAAAGUUUCAGAAACGGAACCGACGAUUCAAUGCGAUGCAACAGCUGCUGAAAGACGGCGUCUUCUUCUCUGAUUCGAAGAUGAGAGAACGAGAGCCGUAUCUGUACGACGCGAUGAUCGGAAAGUUUCUGAAUCAGGAGGAGCAAAUGGAACACCUACGACCGACAGUUUCUCGAGAUCAAGCCGAGUGCACAUGGUCCACUCUUCUGGAUCGUCUGGAAGACAGCGCAGAGAUCGCCGAGCGACGGAAUCUGCAGGAGAUGGAGUGGGAAGGGGGCGGCGGCCGGCGAGACGACGGAGGCAAGGAUCACAUCAGCCGAUUCAUGGCGCACGUGGCCAAUCAGACGGACGAGUUUGUGCCGGAAGAAGAAGAGGAAGAGCAGCAAAAAGAAAAAGAAGAGGACGACGAAAUCGAAAAGAUGCGGAAGGAGAUGGAACGGCUGGCGAAGAUUGAAGCGGAUCAGUACGAUGAGCUGGCCGACGAUGACACUCCGCUGGUUCUACGGCAAGAGUUCGAGACGUUUAUGCAGCAAAAGUUUCUGGCCGGAAAAGAUACUCUGUACGUUGCGAAUGGCCUUCAACUUAUUACUGGGCGGAACACGCGCACUCUCAUCUGUCCUUUUUUGCGGUCAUUCUUCUCGUUUUCGCUCUCUCCCUCUCCAUCCGCCCAUUUUCCCUUGUGUAACGAGAAGAAGAAGAAGAAGGCGCUGUCCGUCACUCUUCAUCUUUUCACUUUGACCGACCGUUCUAGUUUUCGUACUAAUUCGUCCGAAAUUAUUCUACUUUCAGAUUCUACGACUACUCGCUAUGCGAUCUCGGCGCCUCGACAGAUCCUAUUCGAGAACGAGAAGAUGAGGAACGGUGGUUCGACGAAGACGACUGAUUUUUUCCGCUCCCCCUCGCCCCUUUUCCCAUUUGAAAAGCCUACUAUCAGUAAAAUCGUUUUUCUCCCGUCCUCUCACAUCCCUUUUGUCUUUGGAAGGUCUCUCGCUCGCCUUUUCUCGUAUUUCUCUCCUUUCUCUUCGUUUUGACCCCCUUAUCUUUUAUCGUCGUUGCAGGGUGGAUCGAUACCGCGUACCGGCAAAAAUGCACAAAAACAGUGGUGGCAACAGCAACAGCAACAACAAUAAUGGCGGUGCAGGCGGCCCGGAGACGCGUUGGCACUAUUUGGGACCAGAUCGCGAAUCAUAUGGUAUGAAAAACGGAGAUUUUGAGAGGGGAAAGUCGAUAUUUGCAGGACCGUAUUGCGGAAAAGACAUGAUGUUCUGGCUGCAGACGGGCUACUUCAACGAGUCGCUGCAAGUGAGAACCGAGAACGAGUCGGCAUUUCAUACGCUCGGCGAGUGGACCCAGUUGGUCGGAAAUGUAGGUGAAAACUGUGAAAGGGGCUAUGAUGAGUCACGAUAAUCAAGAGGAAAGCAGACUCCGCCUCCUGCAUAAAUUUCAUAAGACUCGGCGGCAGUUUUCGCCUAGAAACAACAAACGUCUUUCCGAUCUCAUGAAUGACUCACUUUUUUUGAACAUUUCCUCGUUCCUUCCGCUCUCUUCAUCCGUUUCUGAUUUUCAAGUCGCAUCAGAACGUCGGCAAUGCCGUGUGUUCCCACUGUGCUCGUCUCGAUCGCGCAACUCGAAGGCCCGGACGGAAAAGUGGUCGCUGUGCUGUCGGGCCAGGGAGUGAUUUGCUCGGACUUCUCGGCGUUUAACAUAAAUUCGCAGUGCGAGUUUGCGAUGCAAGUGUACAAGGAGGCGGUGCUCGGAGCGGUGCAGUGUUUCGAUGAGCCGGUGGAGCUGAUCAGAAUGGACCCGGAAAACGGACGGCUCUUCAAAACGAUUGUGCUUUGUGCGGUGACCUACGAGGUCGGGGUCUACUGGUUGGGCCCCCUCCGCUUCCUCUUCCACUAUGCAGCUUAUGUGAAAGUUUCGGUUGGUAGUACAGAAAAAAUAGGGGAGAAAUUGGGCUCUGACGAAACGUUUCCAAAUUUUCAAUCACUCUUUUUUCAGCAUCCGUUCGCCAUGACUGUCCACUCGUUCGAGGCGACCGCCAACCAGAUAAACUCGAUCCGCCCGCCUCACGCACCUAUGCUGAUGAUGCCACCAGGGCUUCCGUCGUCGUUCCCGCCGCCGAUGCAGAUGCGCUUCCCGCCUUUCGUCAUGCCGCUUCUCCAUCAGAUGAACAAUCAGGCUCCGAUGAGCAUGAUGCACUCGCAGCCGCCGUCGGAGCCGAUCGACGCCGGAUCUCUGUCGCACACUCCCGAUUCGGACGAUGUAAGUUGUCGCGAUCGAUUGGUGCCGCAUGAGUUCGCCCCCCGCAUGAUCCCCGCAAACUUUGUUUUCAUCAUCAUCUUCAUCUAGCCUUUUCGUUUCGGUUCUUAGCAUUCCCAGAAUCCAGCUGAGUGAAUUUAGGCGCGUCUCUCUGAUAAAAGUACCCCAGAGCCGCCGCAUUGGCUCGUCGCUCUCGGAUUAGUGGUGAGUGUAGUAGAAAACGACGCGAAAAGUUCCUUGAUAACACAGUAUGCAUCGUUGAACAGUUUCAGAGUGGCCACGGACACGGACAGGCACGCAAGCUUCACAACCAGCAGCAUCCGGGGGUGCAGUCGCUGAUUCCGCAGAUGAUGCACGCUCAAGUGUCCACCGAACCGAUCCAGACGAAGGAGGUCGAGUGCCAGACUGAGCCGCUCAAGCUCGAGGUAGUACGGCCUAUGUUGUGCGGAUUUAAAUGUUGUUUUCAGUUGUCGAAGGACAAGGCGUCGCGUCUGCUGUCGGACCUGUUCGGCCAACUCGUCGUCAUCAACUGA